AUUGCCGCCAAAGCUGUUGGCAGACUGACUUCCGCUUGCCGAGCUUAAACCGAUUCAGUUCUAUCUUUCCUGACGCAACCAUGUCCUUCGCCGACCUUAGCAAGACCCAGCGCGACGAGUUCGCUGCCUCUCUGGCCGUUCUGGCGCUUUACGACGCCGGUGUUGAGGUCACUGCCGAUGCUCUGACCAAGACCUUCGAGGCCUCGGGCAACGAUGUCGCCGCCUACGUGGCCCCUCUCUUCGCUGACCUGCUCAACCGCGGCCUCGACGUCGAGAAGUUCCUCGCUGGCCCCUCGGCUGGUGCUGCACCCGCUGCUGGCGCUGCCGCUGGCGGUGCUGCCCCCGCCAAGACGGAAGAGAAGGCCGUUGAAGAGGAGGAGGAAGUCGACAUGGGCGGCGGCAUGGACAUGUUCGGCGGAGACGAGGACUACUAAGUGUCUGCUGUUUUCCCGCCCGUUGGGAGUCGAUCUAAGCGUUCACAAAAGGAGCGUGGGAUGGCUGUUUAGGUCUCUUUGAUAGUGUAUUGACGUCCCCGCCUCUCUUCUUCCUCGUGUAACGCGAAUAAAUCGACACAGAACUACUCCAACA